AGCCCAGGGGAUCUGGCCGGCGUGUCCUGCCCCACGCAGGAAUGGCACCCUCCCCCCACCCCCAGGCUCGGAGUUCCAGAUUUCCCAUCCCUGGAGGCUUUCAGGUUUCCCUCGGAAGCGGGUUUCGCGGCUCUUUUGGAGACGCCAAGAGGGGGUGUGAAAGGUCCCUCCCUCUCAGGCCCCCUCGCUGACUUCCAGCUCCCUAGGGUCCCGUUACUUGGGAUUAAGGCUUGAGCUGAGCAGAGAGAGAGGCUUCCCUCCCUCUCCCCCUGCCAAGAGGAAGCCGCUUCAUGGAGCCGCCCCCCAUGGCUUUGCCGCCAGGCCUGGCAGGGCUGCUGUUUCUGCUCCUGGGCCGCUUGGCGCUCGGGCAGAGCUCGGCAGUGCUGGGCACGCUAGACUUGCAGAUUGACGAGGAGCAGCCGGCCGGCACCAUCAUUGGGGACAUCAGUGCCGGCCUCCCCCCAGGCGUGACCACCUACAUGUACUUCAUCUCCGCUCAGGAAGGGAGCGGGGUGGCCACCGACUUGGAGAUCGAUGAGAACACGGGCAUCAUCAAGACGGCCCGCGUACUGGACCACGAGAGCCGUGAGCACUACAGCUUCAUUGCGGUCACCCCAGAAGGUGCCACGGUGGAGGUCCACGUGCAGGUCACCGACAUCAACGACCACGUGCCCAGCUUCCCUAAGCGGCGGGGCUCCCUCCAGAUCCCUGAGCACACCCCGCUGGGCAGCCGGUUCCCGCUUGAGCCUGCCUUGGACGCGGACAGCGGCCUGCUCAGCACCCAGGGCUACGCUCUCAAGGGGGGGAAUGUGGGCCAGGCUUUCCGCCUAGAGACACGCCGUGGGCCAGAUGGAGUCCUGCACCCAGAGUUAGUGGUGAGCAGCAUCUUAGACCGGGAGAUCCUCUCCACCUACACUCUGUCCCUGGAGGCCUACGAUGGUGGGUCCCCACCUAGGAGCUCCCAAAUGACUCUGGAGGUGGCGGUCCAGGACAUCAAUGACAACGCCCCGGCCUUCAACCAGAGCCGCUACCACACGCUGAUCCCGGAGAACCUCCAGCCUGGGAGCAGCAUCAUGCAGGUGUUCGCCUCAGAUGCUGACGAAGGGGACAACGGCGUUGUGGUGUAUGAAAUCAACCGCCGGCAAAGCGAUCCCGAGCAGUACUUCACCAUCGACGCCCUCACAGGAGUGAUCAAGCUGAACAAGGGGCUGGACUACGAGCUGCGGAAAGUGCAUGAGUUGGUGGUGCAAGCCCGGGACAGGGCCGUGCACCCGGAGGUCUCCACCGCCUUUGUCACCAUCCAGGUGCGAGACUACAAUGACAACCAGCCCACCAUGACCAUCAUAUUCCUCAGCGAGGACGGCUCUCCUCGCAUCUCAGAGGGGGCCCAGCCGGGACAGUUUGUGGCCCGCAUCUCUGUCUCGGACCCUGAUUAUGGCGAGUACGCCAACGUCAACGUCUCUUUGGAAGGGGGGGAAGGGAAAUUUGCCCUCACCACCAAGGACAACAUCAUUUACCUGAUCUGCGUGGAUCAAAUGCUGGACCGAGAAGAACGGGACUCCUAUGAGCUGCGUGUGACGGCUACGGAUGCAGGAACGCCUCCACUUCGCGCUGAGUCCGCUUUUGUGCUCCAGGUGACGGAUAUCAACGACAACCCGCCCCUGUUUGACGUGCAAGAGUACGAACAAAGCGUCCCGGAGGUGGUCUAUCCGGGAAGCUUCGUGCUGCAGGUGACCGCCCGUGACAAAGACCAGGGUGCCAACGGCGAGGUCCGGUACAGCAUCCUGCACACCCACCACACUCAUUCUCACUGGUUUGCCAUCGACCCCGUCACGGGCAUUGUCACCACGGCCUCUUCCCUGGACUACGAGAUCGACCCCCAGCCCCAGGUGACUGUAUUGGCCACAGAUAGGGGCAGGCCGCCCCUUUCCUCCACCGCUGUUCUUCGGGUGGCGCUGCAGGAUGUCAACGACAAUGAGCCUAUCUUUGAAAGAAACUUCUACAACAUCUCCGUGAAAGAAGACGUACCUCCUGGCACCUGCUUCCUCCAGGUCACAGCUACAGAUGCAGACAGUGGCUCUCUGGGGUCCCUCUCCUACUCCCUGGGCACCGGGCCCAGCGCCACCAGCCCUUCGGCCUUCAGCCUCGAGGAGGAGAGCGGCCGGCUCUGCACAACGAGGGACCUGGAUCGUGACGAGGGCGUCUCCACCUAUGACUUUACUGUCACGGCCAUCGAUGGGGGCGGGCUGAGCUCCAUGGCCUACGUUAAGGUGGCCUUGGAAGAUGUCAACGACAAUGCCCCUGCCUUCUACCCACUGGACUACGCCACCAGCAUUAGCACCCAGAGCCAGCCGGGCUCUGCCGUCUUGCGGGUUGUGGCCCACGACAAGGACGAGGGGCUGCACGGGCGGGUGACGUAUUCCAUUGCAGCCGGCAACACCCCGCCCCUUUUUGCCAUUGACUCCGACACAGGUGCCCUCUCCUUGCUGAGGACGCUGGCAGGCAAGGCCAACACGCUGGUGCAGUUGGAGGUCGCUGCUCGGGACGGAGGGGGCCUGGUGGCCCAGCCCAACGCGCAGGUCAACAUCAGUGUGGUGGCAGGCACAGUGUCCCCACCGCGCUUUGAGCGCACCCAGUACUACUUCGCCAUCACAGAGGACACCCGGCCAGGCAGCAGUGUUGGGGCUGUGUAUGCCCACAAUCCACCAGGCCAGACGGACGCCGUGUUCUACUCAAUUUCAUCGGGGGACCCCCAGGGAUACUUUGCCAUCGACCCAAGCUCAGGGGAGCUGCACACCAGCCUAGCCUUGGACCACGAGACACAGCCGGCCCUCGUCCUGGAGGUCCAGGCCCGCAGUGGCUCCCCCCCUGCCUAUAGCAGCGCCCGAGUGCAGAUCACCAUCUCUGACGUGAACGACAACGCUCCUGCUUUCCCCAUGGCCUCCGACUCAGUGCUGCUGCCUGCAGGAGCCGCUCCAGGCACAGUGGUGUACACGGUGCAGGCAGAAGAUCGAGACAGUGGCAUCAACGGGCAGGUCCACUAUGAACUGGUCACGGGUGGGCUGGCCGCCUUUGCCGUGGAGCGCUUGUCGGGAAAGGUGCGGCUGGUGGGGACCUUGCAGCCGGCCCACCGGACACCCUACAAACUGACCAUCCUGGCACAAGAUGGCGGGGCCCCCCGGCUCACGGCCACCUUCACCCUCCUGGUGCACGUGCAGGCAGAGGAUGAGCACGGCCCCGUCUUUGACACGCUCACGUAUCGCGUGGAAGUUCGCGAGGGGGUGCCAGUGGGCACUCACUUCUUGCAGGUGCGGGCGCUGGCCCGAGAGGCUAGCGCUCAGCUCACCUACCACUUGCGCGCCGAGGGGGACGCAGCCAGUUUCAGCAUAGCCCCGGACACCGGGUGGCUGAACGUGCGCAGCACCCUCGACCGGGAGGUGCAGGAGCUCUACGUGCUGACCGUCCUAGCGGUGGCCGGCGAGGGCGAAGGGCGCCAGACGGGCAGCAGCACCGUCCGGGUCACCGUCACCGAUGAGAACGACAACAGCCCCCGGCUCAGCGAAGAGCGCUACUUCUUCACGGUGGUGGAGAACAGGCCGGCAGGCAGCAGCGUCGGCCGAGUGGCCGCUAGCGACCGGGACGCCGGGCAGAACAGCCGCCUGACCUACCGCCUGGUGCCGCCGGAGAGCGGUUUCCUGAUCCAUACGCAGACUGGAGAGCUGAGCAUUCGGAAGAGCCUGGACAGGGAGCAGCACGCCAGCUACCAGUUGCACGUCCUCGUGCAGGACGGGGGGACCCCACCACGCAGCACGACUGGCACGGUGUUUGUCACUGUGCUGGAUGAGAAUGACAACGCCCCCACCUUCCUGCAUGUGGCCGAGGGCCGCGAGCUGCUUUUGCAGGUUCUUGAGGAGAAGCCGCCCGGGCUGCUCGUGGCUUCCUUGCAGGCCAAGGACCCUGAUGAGGGCGAGAACGGGACGGUCUUUUACUCCCUGUCAGGGGCCUGGGCAGAGCGUUUCUCCCUGCAUGCGGCCACCGGAGAGCUGCGCACCAGCACCAAGCUGCGCCAGGCAGACCGGAGCGAGUAUAUGUUCACCGUGGUGGCGAGUGACCGAGGUGCUGAGCCCCGGAGCACAACAGCUGCUGUUCGGGUCCAGGUGGUGUCCACUGCCCGCACGCUUCCCCGGCCGGAUGCCACGGUGCUGACUCUCUAUCCCCUGGAGGGGCUACAACCCGGCUCUGUUAUCGGUUCCGUGGCUCUGCCAGAACUGCCUCCGCGGGGACCAGUGACCUACAUGCUGGCAGGAGGCAGCAGUCCAGACGGGAUUUUUGUGGUGGAUGCAAACACUGGGGAAAUCUAUGUGUCCCAGGAGCUGGAUUAUGAAGCUGGCAUGCGAUACACCCUGCAAGUGAGCGUGGAAGACACCCUGCAGGGGUUCCCUAGCCAGCGCCUAGUGCUCGUGGAGAUUCAUGUGCAGGAUCGCAACGACCACGUGCCCAACUGGCCACAGGACCCUAUCACCGUGGUGGUGUCUGAGAGCGCCACUCCCGGCACGUCCCUCUAUACGUUCCAGGCCCUUGAUGGGGAUGGCCCGGGACCCAACAGUCAACUGCACUACAGCCUCCUGCGCCAAGAAGCAGCCCAGCCAACCUUCUGGCUGGAUGCACGCAGCGGGGAGCUCAGCCUGCAGGGGGCGCUAGACCGUGAGACUCAGUCUGCCUACCUGCUGGUGGUCCAGGCCACAGACCAGGCUCACAACGUGAGUCAGCGCCAUUCGGCGGCCGUCACUGUGCACGUCUUCAUUGCAGACGAGAACGACAACACCCCCGAAUUCCUCUCUCGGUCAAGAGUUGAUGUCCCUGAGGACCAGCCCACGGGCUUCCUUCUGCUCCAGGUGAUGGCCCGGGACUGGGACCUGGGAGAGAACGGGCGAGUGAGCUAUGCACUGAGAGCUGGGAAUGCAGAUGGUCGGUUCCACCUUCACCCCAACACAGGAGCACUAUCCAUCGUGCGGCCUUUGGACCGAGAAGAGACAUCGCAGCAUAACUUGACAGUGGUCGCCAUGGACCACGGGUCCCCGCGGCGCUCUGCCACGCAGCUGCUCUUGGUCCAGGUGCUAGAUGUGAAUGACGAGGCGCCUGCCUUUGAGGGGAGCAGCUAUGAAGCUCGUGUGGCCGAGAACCUGCCCGCUGGCGCCCCUGUGCUCCAGCUCCAUGCCACUGACCGGGACCUGGGCAUAAGCGGGCAGGUGACCUACGGCGGGAUCUCUGGGGAGGACUUCUCCAUUGACCCACAGACGGGACUGAUCAGCACCAGGCGCUCACUGGACCACGAACAGGAUGCUGAGCACUUGCUGACAGUGUAUGCCCGGGAUAAAGGUCUGCCCCCACACCAGGCCACGGCCACGGUGCGGGUGUUGGUGCUGGACGAGAACGACCACUCUCCGACUUUCCCCAAGGAAGUUUACUCCUUAGAGGUGCCUGAAAACCACAGCCACGUGGAGCUGGUCACGGUGUGUGCCACCGACCGGGAUUCUGGAGAGAACGGGCGUCUGGCUUACCAUCUAGCAGCUGGAGACCCCGACGAAGACUUCACGCUGGAUCCUGUCUCGGGCAAGCUUUCCACAGCGAGGGGGCUGGACCGCGAACGUGUGGCCACCUAUAGGCUGACCAUCCAGGCCUGUGACCACGGCACCUCUGCCCGCUGCGCCAAACUGGAGAUCCGUGUGCGCGUGCUCGACCUGAACGACAACAGCCCCCGCUUUGCGCAGGAGGCUUACGCCGUUGAGGUUCCCGAGGACCUGCCGGUGGGGGCCCGGGUGCUGCAGCUGGAGGCCACCGAUCCGGACGAGGGCCCCAACGGCCGCCUGGCCUACUUCCUGGGCAACGGGUCCCUGGGGACCUUCCAGGUGGAGCCAGAAACGGGACGCCUCACCAGCACGCAGCCCCUGGACCGGGAGCGCCGAGCCACCUACAGUUUCGUGGCCACUGCCGUGGAUGCCUCCCCACUGAACCCCAGGAGCGCCUUGGUGCGGAUCACCGUCACCGUCCAGGACGUCAACGACCAUGUCCCCGUCUUCCCGCUCAGCCCGCUCCUGGUCACCUUGCCCCGCAACACGCCGCCCAAGCGGGUGGUGGCCACGCUGCGGGCCGAAGACCAUGACGCCGGGGCCAACGCCUCCCUCCUCUACCGCUUGGCCACGCCCUCGCCGGCCUUUGCCAUCAACACCUACACGGGGGCCCUCCAGCUGUUGCAACCACUUGGGGGGCUCAGCCCCCGCCAGCGCACCCUCUUUGUGCUGGCCAGUGACUUGGGGCACCCCUCUCUGUCCUCCACCGGGGUGGUUGUCAUUCACCUCCAGGACGAGAGCCACCGAGGACCGCGCUUCCCUCGCAGCACCAGCGAGGUGGCGGUGCCCGAGAACGCCGCACCAGGCACCACGGUGGUGAAUAUGCCAGCCACCCAUACGGCAGGGUCCUCAGGCCGCAUCACCUACAGCAUUGUCAGUGGCAAUGAGAAGGGAUCAUUCCACAUCCAGCCUAGCACAGGGGUGGUGUCUGUGCACAAUCCUGAGAACCUGGACUUUGAACGGAGCCCCCGCUUGCGCCUGGUCCUGCAGGCGGAGUCAGCCUCCUCUUGGGGCUUCAUGGCCGUCAAUAUCAACCUGCAGGAUGCCAACGACAAUGCGCCUCGCUUCCAGCUGCAGAACUAUGUGGCCUUCAUCUGGGAGGCCCAGAGCUACGACUCGCCUGUCAUCCAGGUGGUGGCUGAUGACAUGGAUCAGGGCCUCAAUGGCCAAGUGACCUACACAAUCAAUCAGACCUUGCCCAUGAAUGGGCUGUACCACAUCCAUGCCCAGACGGGGACCAUCACAACGGCUGCCAUCCUGGACCGGGAGAUCUGGGGCCAGACCAGGCUGGUGCUGACAGCAACAGAUAGAGGAAACCCUCCCCUUGUAGGCUCAGCCACGCUUACUGUGGUGGUCAUGGACGUCAAUGACAACAGCCCCACCAUCCCCGCGCCUGUGGAAGUUCGUGUGCCUGAGAAUGCUCUCCUUGGCACAGAGAUCACCCUGGUGACCGGCAAUGACGUGGACUGUGGCCCCCAGCUCUCCUACCUCCUCCUACUGGACAGCAGCGCCACUGGGACCUUUAGCAUCCUGCGCUACAGCGGGCGCAUCACCUUGAUGGGGCCACUGGACUAUGAGCAGCAUCACCGCUACACCCUGACUGUGCGCACCUCCGACUCCCAGCACGAGACUGAGGCCAACGUCACGGUGAUUGUGGAGGAUGUGAAUGACAACGCCCCGGCCUUUGCCCAGACUUGGUACCAGGUGUUGCUGCCAGAACACACCCCAGCGGGCAGCCCAUUCCUGACCCUCACUGCCACAGACCGGGACUCUGGGACCAACGCGGAGAUUAUCUACCAACUGGCCACACCAAACCACAUGGUUGCCAUCCAUGCCCACAACGGGACCCUCUUCACCAGCCAGCCCCUGACGCUGGAGCCAGGCCGCCCCACCCUGGAGGUCCUCGUGGAAGCCCGUGAUAAAGGCGUGCCUCCCCUGUCCGCCUGGGCCACCGUGCAGAUCCAGGUGAUGGAUGUGAAUGACCACGGGCCUCGUUUCUUGAGGAGCCACUACAACGCCUGUGUCUCCGAGGACUUGUGGCCGGGGGCCACCGUGCUCACCCUGGAGGCCACCGACGCAGAUGUGAUACGGGACAACACAGCCCUCGACUACACCAUUGUCAGUGGGAACAGGGGGCGUGCUUUCCAGCUGGAGGGCCAGGUGGGCGGAGCCAGCGCCCUGGUCCUGGUGGAGCCGCUGGAUUUCGAGGCCGUGGCCGUCUACAACCUCACGGUGGCCGUGUCGGACCGUGGGGUGCCCCAGCACAGCGCCACGGUGCCUGUGGUCCUCUCAGUGCUGGAUGUCAAUGACAACCCCCCUGCCUUUGGGCGUGCCGCCUACCACAUGGCCGUGAGCGAGAGCGCGGCGCCCGGGACAGAGCUGCUGCGUGUGGCUGCCCACGACCCAGACUCCGGCCCCCACAGCCAGGUCCGCUACGGCAUCAGCUCCGGUGACCCCCAAGGACUCUUCCAGCUUCACCCGUCCACCGGGGCCCUUCGCCUGGCCAAAGCGCUGGACUGCGAGGCCCAGGCCCUGCACACACUGGUGGUUCAGGCCUCCGACGGGGCCGGCGGCCACUUUGCUCUGGCUCCGGUCACGGUGGAAGUCAAGGACGUCAACGACAACCUUCCUUUCUUUCCCAUCGAGACCCUGAGCACCAGCUUGCGAGAAAACCUGCCUCCCGGGAGCCUGGUCACUACGGUGCGUGCUGUGGAUGCAGACGUGGGGGUCUUUGGGGUGCUGCGCUACACUUUGCUGCCCACCAAGGGCUCCGAGGCCUUCUUCCUUAAUGGCACCUCUGGGGAGCUGUGCUCCCGCCAGCCGUUUGACUACGAGCGCACCAAGGCCAUCCAGCUGCAUGUGCACGCUGCCGACGUGGGCAACGGCUCAGCCACAGCAACGGUGCACGUCCUGGUGACCGGUGAGGACGAGUAUGAUCCCAUCUUCCUCAACCCCCCCUUCCGCUUUGCAGUUCCUGAGGGGGCACGCCAGGGCCAGAGCAUAGGACACGUGGUGGCCACUGACGAGGACGAGGGGCCCGAUGGGGUGGUACUCUAUAGCCUCACCAAACCGUCCCCCUUCUUUGGCAUCAACCGGACAAGUGGCACCAUCUACCUGCGCAUGGACAGCCAGGCGCCAGCAGGGGGGCCGCCCCAGCCGGAGCCACGAGAGAUGGUGCUGGAGGUGCAGGCCCACAGCCCCCUGCCUGCCUCGCGCUCCUCCUCCACCCAGGUUGCGGUGGAUGUAACGCACACCUCCUUCGGCCUGGUGCCUGACCUCAACCUGAUGCUGGUGGUCGCCGUGGCUGCUUCGCUGAGCGUGGUGGUGGUGCUGGCCGCUGUGGCCAUUGUGCUGGUCCUGAUCCGGUCCCGGCGGGGUCACGGCCACAAGGAAGCAGAACUGACGCCCGUGCCGAGUGGCUCUCUGCAGAAGCUGGGCCAUGCUGAGCCCGUGCUCUCGGAGCGGGACUGUCUCUAUCAUGAGGCUCUUCCCGGCUACAGCACAGACCCGGCGGGGCCCUACGCCACCAGGGGUGGGUCGCUGGACCCCUCCCACUCCAGCGGGCGGGGCUCUGCCGAGGCAGCCGAAGAUGAUGAGAUCCGCAUGAUCAACGAGUGCCCCCGCAUGUCCAGCGUCACGUCUUCCCUGCAAGACCACCUCGUGGCCCGCGGGCCAGACUCCGGCAUCCAAACAGACGCUGACCGCCUGUCGGACGUCUCCUGCGAGCCGGCCACCCUAGACGCCUCCCACUGGUUCAAGAGCCGGAAGGGGCCGGGCCUGCUGCUGCCCGGGCAACCCCCACAGCUCUACCGAGAGGGCGGCGGCGGCGGCGGCGGCACCGGCGCCACAUACCUGGGUGCCGGCUGUGGCCUCAGUGUCCCCUCUGCCAAAGACUACUCCUUCCCCGAGGAUGGGAGGCCCUGCGUGGACGGCUCCCUCACGGCCAUCGUGGCGAGCGACGAGGAGCUGCGUGGCAGCUACAACUGGGACUAUCUCCUCAACUGGUGCCCACAGUUCCAGCCCCUGGCCAGCGUCUUCACAGAGAUCGCUCGCCUCAAGGACGAGAGCUCCCUGCGCAAGCCGUUCCCCACCAAACCGAAGCCCCGCAUCGACCCGCCGCCACUCAUUACCUCGGUGGCCCACCCUGGGGCCAAGUCGGUGCCCCCGAAGCUGGCCGUCGGCCGCGCCUUCCCACACCUGUCCUCCCUGCGGCGCUCCCCCAUCAGCCACGAAGGCUCGCUCUCCUCGGCCGCCAUGUCCCCGAGCUUCUCUCCCUCCCUCUCCCCGCUGGCCGCCCGCUCCCCCGUGGUCUCGCCCUUUGGGGUCUCCCAAGGGCCCUCGGCGUCCGCCAUCAGCACCGAGCAUUCCUUGGGAGCCUCCGAAGACGGCGAGCUCCGCAUCUAGUUUGGGCUCCAGACUCUUUUUGUCUCCCUCGCCUCCUUCCUGCUCUGGGGCAGGAGACGGAGCCGGCACACCCCCCCCUGCUUC